AUGGUAGAACGCAAACCGGUAACCAAAAAGCCUUCGUGGCUCACGGGUGUGAUUGUACCCACCAUCGCGGGAAUUCCUGUGGGGUUUGUGCUGCAGAACAUUAUGGCUUCCUUGGCAUGGUAUGUCCUGGCCGGUUGGCAAGCCAUGUUUGCCGUGGCAUUGGUAGCCGAACGAGCACCCGUCUAUGGUACGACGUCCAUUCCUCAAGCGAGAAGACUGUGUGAAUUGUACGGCUUGAGUUGGCUUGGAAUGACUCUGGUCACGCUCUUGGCCAUGGCGGAAUUGCCAAACAACAACACUUUGGCCAUUUACAUGUUGGCCAUCAACUUGGUGUGCACAUAUGGAUUCUCUAUUGCGGCAGGACCUAUUCGGCUCGUCAAUGCCAAUGAUAAUGAAAUGAUGCUCGUGCCCAUCAAUUCGUUCGUGGUGGCGUGGGCGUCGACAGGAUUGUACCUAUCGGCAACAACCUGA